AGCAUUAUUAGCAUUUAUCAUCUACCCACUUCUCUUUCCCUUGAAGGCCAAUCCUCUCAUACUUUCACUCAUUCUCUCUUUACUUUCCUCUUCCAUUGGCGUUUAACUUUUCUUAUCAACGCAUUUUUUCCCACAACUUUGCCAUAACGUCAAAACACCCUCUUCUCCUUUCUCUUCUCUCUCUCACUUCCACUCCACUCUGUCUCUUCUUCUUCUGUGCAGUGCAUAGCAUGAACCUUUAUUUAAGCUGCAGAGUCCUUGAACCUUGAUGAUGAAGAAGUGACUGUCUGUAUGAUAUUUUGCUGAUAUGGGUUCAUGUUCUUCCGUUCACAGAAACCAAGAAACCAACAUGAAGCAUCUGGGUCUUUCAUUUUGUUCCAAAACUGACAAGCUUGUGAUUCCUCCAACACCCAUCAAAGAAAAACCCAAAAAUGGAAACUUUCUCAACUCUCAGUCGCCACCUUCUCGGUCAACCACCAUCAUCAAUGGUAGCAAAGAGGAAGUGUUUUUUGAGUCCAAGGUCUGGUUAGACUCGGAUUGUGAUGAUGAUUUCUAUAGUGUCAAUGGUGAGUUUACGCCAUCUCGUGGCUCCACUCCAGUGCACCACACUUUUGGGAAUAAAACCCCUUCUGUGCAGAUAACACCUGGUACUUCAGCCGAACCAUCUCCAACAGAAAAGAAAAAGAAAUUGUUGGAACUUUUUCGAGAAAGCGUCAGAGAAGAUCCAAAUGAUGAUGUUGCUGGGAAAACUUCCAGCGAUGAAAAGAAAGAAGCAAAACCAAUCAUAAAUGACAUUCUUCCUAAGUCUGCACACAGCACCCCUUAUAUCUCAGUUGGCAACUCUGCAUGUAGCAGUGAAAGAACCUUGAAUGGUGAUGAUCAUGCAUCUAUCAGAGAGAAGUCAGUUAAGUCGGCGCAGUGGUGCCUUCCAAGCUUGACUUCAUGUCGUAGCUUUAGUGAGAGGAGGAGGAAGACAAGUCCUGCAAUAGCAGCAGCUAAUGGAAAUUCUUGAUUGACUCCUAUUGCAAUGUGGUGAACAAUGUAUCUAUAAGAUAAAGAUAUCAAUGAACUCAAUAUGGUAAUGUACAUCUUUUAUCUUGUCCUUGUAAACAGCUGAAUAGCAACAUGAAUUUAGAGCAUGUAUACAUAAAUGAAGAGAUGCUUAAUGAGUGUUUGGAAUA